AUGCCAGGAUCCGUGGACCAGGAAAUUCACAUGACCAAUGAACCGCCCAGUAUUCCAAAGUGAGUGAGAACAUGUAAUUCUAUUUCUCAAACUUCCAAAAACUUUCCAUUAAAAUGUGUGCGAAAUAAGAUGUGCCGCACCUAAUCCGAAUGGGUUUAGACCCAAUUUUUAUGUGAAAACGAUGUAUUAACACGCCCACCAUUUCAUUCGAAUUCGAGUUCUUUGUGCAUUCAAUUCUUUCUUUAUUUGGUGCCAAAAUGAUUCACUCUGUCUCCAUUCCAAAAGUAGCACACAGCGAGAACAGUGCGGCGUAGGUAGAGCUUCACGUUCUGUUUAAUGGAUUGCAACUCAAUUGGAACUCAUUCACAUCUAGCUAGGCAUGUCCAAUAAUGUCUGAUAUUUCGAACGGUUUCUAAUUAAAUCGCAAUCCAUUUACCAGAACCAUGAGAACAAUACUGAAGUUCAAUUUUCAGUGGGCUGACAGAACACCGAACUCAUCAAUAUGUGAAUCGCCCAGAUGGAGAGAUGGACAUGAUGAUCGGGUUCUUUCUAAUGAACGGAUUUUGCGUUUGUCAGUUCGGAAGUGAAUUGAAUGAGUAAUCUCGCCUCUAUUACAGCAUUCUUCUUGUUGUUCGGUCUCUGCGUAAUAUUUUCAUGUCUUCGAAAGCGCCAUUCUUUCUCGCAGCAGAAGCAUUAUUCUGAAGUAUUUACAUGCAUUUGACUCCAAUCGCGCUCUACCGCACACCACGUGAAUUCAGUGCUAUAUUGGAAAAGGCGGAUGGGUUUUCACGUGGGAUUGCUGUAGAGCGCGAUACUGCGUUUUAAUACUGCGUUUUUGGGGUUUAUAAAAUACAUUUCAGACCGACCCGAUUCUAUCUGUCCAAGAAGAGUCUCUGAAACCUAAACUGAAGUGUAAGCAUUUAUAGCUAAUUGCAAUCGCGCUCUGUUUCUAAUCUGGCCGAGUUUUUCACUCGAAACAUUGCCGAACUUUUUUAUUUUUCUUCAAACUCGUUUGCACUGUAAAACGAGUUUUUCAAUAGAGCGCGAUUUCAAUUAAAUGACCCAUAGCAUAUUGCCUUUCAAAAUAUUUUCAGCAAUCGUUAGUCAAGUGAUCAAGUCAAAUAAAUGCACAACAAAAGUAUCAUUGGAGAAAAGAAACGAUGAGAUGACUUCAAAUACCGGCGACAGCCAAAUUGUGAUUUAGAAAGCCCCAAAGUCAUAUUCAAUUUUAUGUGUUUCCAGAUUAACUUGAGCGCGCCGCAUAUUUCCCGUUCUACAUCCCCUUCUCCGUAUGAUCGAAAAACAAGUUUGUCCACUAGUCGACGACCGUCAUUCGAAAACUCACGGCGUUGCUCAACAUCAGUUUCGCAGGAAAAUUCAGCUAUGAUCCGACAUAACUUACUUGGACCAUUGUCUUUUGACGACCUUCACUACAUGUAA